AUGGCGGAUACUGUGGGAGUGCCGUGAAGUGCGUAUGAUUUUCACUUUUAUUUCGAUACGUAAGCGGUUGCUCUUCCUUGAAACUUCUACGAGUAAAAGCCAAGAUUGUGUUCCAUCCGUCUGAGUUACUGUUCCCGUUUUUCUCGCCAUGGCAGACGUAUUUCGUGAUGUUAUUCUUGACCCAUUGCUUCUCGUGUCGGCCUCACGUUUGGCUACUAGAAUAUGCAACUUAGAGGUAACUUGUGUAGCUGUCAUCAAUGYCUACAUCGAGCGAAUACGAGCCGUGAAUGCGAAGAUCAAUGCUGUUGUUGAAGAUCGUUUUGAGGAAGCUACAAGUGAUGCUCGUAAGAUUGAUAACAUGCUGGCAAUGAUGAACAAGGAAGAAAGACAACAGCUGUUUAACCAACAACCCUUCCUUGGAGUUCCGUUCACCACCAAGGAGUCAUUUUCUGUUGCUGGCAUGCCAAAUUGCAGUGGUCUUGUUGCACGUAAAGGUUACAUAUCUAGCGAGGAYGCACCGGCAAUCACACGCCUUCGUAAUGCCGGUGCAAUACUAAUAGCUGUCACAAACUGUAGUGARCUGUGCAUGUGGUGGGAGUCGGCUAAUCGAGUUUAUGGACGAAGUAAAAACCCCUUUGACACUACCAGGAUAGUAGGAGGGAGUUCUGGUGGAGAGGGAGCUAUUCUGGGUGCGGCUGGAUCAAUAAUAGGCAUAGGUUCAGACAUUGGUGGCAGUAUUCGUAUGCCAGCAUUCUUUAAUGGUAUCUUUGGCCACAAACCAAGUCCCGAUAUUGUACCAAAUGGAGGUCAAUUUCCUAAUGCCGAGGGGCAAGAAAAGCAUUACUUGUGUACUGGACCAAUGUGCCGAUAUGCUGAAGAUAUGAAACCAAUGCUCAAGGUUCUGGCUGGUGACAAUGGUGUUAAGUUGAAACUAGACCAGCCAGUGGACAUUGCAAAGUUAAAGUAUUACAGYAUUGAAGACUCCAUGAAGAAUUUCCUGGUCUCCAAACUGGACAAAGAGUUGAAGCAAGCACAAAGAAAUCUCUGCAACAAACUGGAAGAUGAGUGUGGCGUCAAAGUUGAAGUUAUCAAGCUUGAAAAAUUGGAUUACUCGCUCCAAAUCUGGGCCCGUAUGAUGGCAACAUCAGGAGGAAAACCUUUCUGUCACUAUUUGGGGAAUGAGAUUGCUCCUGUAAACCCAUUCUGUGAAUUUUUCAAGGCAAUGUUUGGGUUUUCUGUUCACACAAUACCAGCAAUUGGUCUUGGAAUGAUGGAAAAGCUUGAAGCAUUGGUUCCACAGGCUACAACAAAUGUGUAUGUUCAGAUGGCAAAAGACUUGAGGCAAGAAAUUGAGGAUAUAUUAGGAAAUGAUGGUGUAUUAUUGUACCCAUCACACCCAACAGUAGCCCUCAAGCAUAACGUCCCGAUAUUUUAUCCAUUUAAUUUUGCUUAUACUGGUAUAUUUAAUGUCCUUUAUUUACCAGUAACGCAGUGUCCAAUAGGGUUAAAUAACGCCGGCCUUCCUAUGGGAGUACAGGUUAUUGCUGCUAAUGGCAACGAUCACUUGACUUUAGCUGUCGCUGAGCAAAUUGAGAAAGUGCUGGGAGGAUGGGAGAAAAUGUGUCAUGAUAAACAAUGYGAAGAAAAAUGAAUAAAUGGGAAUAAUUAUAUAUAAUAUUUUGAUUUUAAAAAACAGUUCAUGGAGGUGUACAAUUUAUUUUUAUUAUGCAUGAUAUUGUAAUAUGUUGCAACCACUUUUUAUUGGAAACUAUUUGUUAAUAAGUGCUUGUUAUUCCAUCCAAAGUUUUUCAUUGUUGUUUAGAAAGGAGGAAAUUUCAAUGAGCUUUGGCAGGGUUUGGAAAAAUGUCUCUUCUCRUAUAACUUAGCUGGUAAUCAACCUUUGGUAUUUAGUGGUAGUUUUUUUAUCGCAUUUGCAACUAUAUUACCAUGAAAAUUAAGAAAAGAACUCAAUAUUUAUCAUAAGUUUAUUUAUCAUUAUAAAUAAUAAAAAUAAUUAUUAAAAUAUAUUUAUUAUUUUACUWAAGACAGUUAUUAAUCUAAGGAAAGCAAUAAGAAUUGGUGUCAAACACUUUAUUGUUAAAUAAAAAGUGCAGGAAUAUGAGUGUA